GCCCAGUCCAAAUUCGAAGUCCAAACCGCAAGGCGCAGGGGAAGAGCAGCCGUCCGCUUCUUCCUUUCUUUCUGCGCGACUUCGGCUACUUCCGCAAAACCCCAAACGCGCAGGGGAAGAGUAGCACUGUAGCAGUCCGCUUCUUCCUUUCUGAACGGCCAUCUUCAUUCGCUGCCGCCUGCCGGGCGGCCACUAGGCCAGGACGGCGCACCAAGGGCUCAGGCAGUCAGCCACUCGGCCAGGACGGCGCACCAGGAGCUAAGUCCAGCUUAAGAGCUAGAUCCGCCCCUGAAACCGGCUGACUCCCGUCUCCGACUCUCCAUCUUUCUGCAGUUUUGCUCAACUGGUUUAGCAUCCAGAGACGAUGAAAGAUGAAGGAAAAAUGAAGAAUCUUCACAAUGAUGAGGAAAAACCACCGAAGCCGAACAAUAAGAAGCGUAAGGAAGUUGCCAUCUUUGGGAACUACAGAAAUUACUAUGGAUACAGAAUUGGUCAUGAGGACGAUCCUAGGUUAAAGGCUAUGAAGAAAGAAUGGUUUGAAGGAAAGAAUUGUCUUGAUAUCGGCUGUAAUAGUGGAGUUGUUACUGUUGCUAUUGCACAGAAGUUUUGUUGUCAAAGCAUUCUUGGAAUUGACAUCGAUAUUGCUCGAGUUGACGAUGCAUAUUGGCACCUAAGGAAAACAGCAAGGGCCACUACACAGAAAUGGUCACAGGAAACAUCUAAAUAUGAAGAUUCAAACAAGUUAAAUGUAUCGGUGGGUAAUCUGGUAGAGUCGUCUAAUGACGAUAGAGUAAGGGAUAGUUCUGAAGAGUCUCAGGCAUCAGGAGGAAGUAAUUUAUUUGAAGUAGUAUCUUUUAAGAAGGCAAAUUUUGUUGGAAGUUGGUAUCCACCAGAACGGAUGUCUUAUGAUACAAUUAUAUGUUUAAGCGUGUCAAAGUGGGUGCAGUUAAAUUGGGGUGAUGAGGGACUAAUCUCUUUAUUUGUGAAAGCCUGGAAGAUUCUCAAACCGGGAGGUUUGUUUAUACUGGAACCACAGCCCUGGAGUUCUUAUUAUAAUAAUCGCCAUGUUUCAGAGGCAUCUAGAGCUAACUAUCAUAAUAUUAAAAUCCGUCCUGAGGAUUUUCAGGACAUACUUUUGGAUAAGAUUGGAUUUCGGUUCGUAGAAGAUAUUACUUCUUGUGCAGCUGGUCGGAAAUCUGGAUUUGAAAGGCCUAUAUUUGCAUUCUGGAAGUGAUUUAACAUUUUCCCUUCAUGGACGAUACCCAAUCCGAUCUAGUUCUCUCUAGUAAAUGUCAAUUUUUUUUUGCAUCCUGUGGGAGCAAGGGCUAAGUUAAAGGUAAAAUGCCCUAUGUAUGAAGUAUUACUUUCUUUGGAAAAGUGGAAAACUAAAGGGAGAAAUGUUGUUCUGUGAUUGAUUAUUCAUGGAUCAAAAGCAGAUGUGGUGUAAGAUUGCCUCUCAAUUAGUACAUUCAUUUAUUUAAAUAUGAAAAGCUUGCAGGAAAA